UCUGGACAAGGAGAAAAAGGUAGCAUCUGGAAGAACAAUCCUGAGGCACAGUUUGAGAUCGCCUGACACUAUGGAGCUGCCAAACUAUAGCAGGCAGCUCAUGCAGCAGCUGUACACCCUAAGAAAAGAAGAACAGUUUUGCGACUGCACGUUACUCAUUGGCAACACUCCAUUCAGAGCGCACAAAGUUGUGCUGGCUGCCUCCAGUUUGCUCUUCAAAUCUCUACUGGACAACACAGAUACAAUCUCCAUUGACCAAACUGUUGUCAGCCCAGAGGAGUUUGCUGUUCUUCUGGAGAUGGUCUAUGCGGGGAAAGUUCCACCAGGGAAGCACAACUUUACAAAAGUGGUUUCUGUUGCCGACAAUUUACAAAUGUUUGAUAUUGCUGUCAGUUGCAAAAACAUUGUGGCAAACUUAAUGAAGCACACUGGGGGAAAUGAAAUGAGGGCUUCGAGCCCUGCUAUUGGCGAAGAUGCACUAAGUCCGGCCAUCAGGCAGCAGUGUUGUGUAUCUCAAGAAAUGGACAAUAAUAUGCCUGCUUCUAAUAAUACUGAAGUAACUGGACCAGCAAAGCAAAACCCCUCUCUGGAAGAAAUAAACUGCACUGAUAUUGAGGGCUUUGAAAGCACCAAUGUUGCACUGUCUGCUGAGGAGACUAUUCUGUUUGCUGAUGAUUCAAAACAAGACGUUGAGGAGCAAGAAAGUUCAGCAGAAAAUCACGUGGCUGACAUCCAGAGUGCUAGUUAUUCUUCAGGAUGUACUGAGGGUGAAGAAAUUCUCAAUGAGCCCCCCAGCAAGAAAGGGAAGUUUUCAAUAACAGAAGAGCCCAGAAAUCUCUCAGAACAAGAUUUCCUCAUGCAGCAUAAACAGGAUCUUGCACAGGCUGUCCAGGACUUACACGCUUUAGUGGAUUCUGUGGUUAAAUGUGAUGACAUCCCAAUGGAAGAGAAAAAGGUAUUCCUCGACUGCUGUAAAGAAGCAGAAAGCAGUGAAGUUUUCUGCAGAUUAUUGGAUAAAGUCAUAGAAGAAAAGACUUUGCAACUGGAUACCCUGUUGUUUGUGCUUGAACGGAGCAAAGAAGCUUACCCCAAGCUACAAACUGUGCUUCAGAACUUAAACCGAAACCUGCCCAUAGAACGUUUAAUAGAAACUGGUCGUAUUGAUAGUGAAGAUUUUUUGCUCAACCUUUACUUACACAAAGAGGAGGUUCUGCAAUGUGUGACGGAUUUGAGCCCUUUAUUGGACUGCCUGGAGUCUGCUGAAGAAAUGGUUUUCAGCGAGCAGGAGAAAAAGGUAAUUGUGGAGUGUUGUCAGGGCGAGACUGCAAGAGGCGCUAUGGCUAAAUUGUUGAGCAAAGUCAUUGAAGAGCGACUGCUCAGCACUGAGACUGCAUUAAAUCUUCUUCGAACACUGAAAGAGGCUUAUCCAGUGCUGCAGUCCUUACUGAACACCCUCUCAGCAGAAUCAGAGACAGCUGCAAAGUCAGAAGCGAAGACCCCAGAAGAUUAUGGGUUGGACUUGCUGAGGCGACAUCAAGAUAACAUUGUUGAUGCAGUAACUGAUCUUCAGCCUCUGCGUAACAUCCUGUCUGUUGCCGAGGAUAUAUCUGAUGGCGAAAAAGAGAGUAUUGAAGAUCUUAUUAAAGAAAAAGAUGUGGUUGCCUGUGUCAGCAAUUUGAUGGAAGGAGUACUAGAGAAGCAAACAUUGGCAGCUCUCACAGUCUGGAAACUGCUCAUCCGAAUGAAAGAAGGCAUGCCAAAGCUGCAUGCCCUGCUAGAUAAGCUGCAAAGAGAAUCGGAAAGUCUCCGACUCAUUUUAUCUGUGAGUGACGAGGAAAGUAAAGCUGUGGACAUUUUGAAAAGGCAUAGACAGUUGAUCACUGAUGGAAUUGACGAUAUCAGUCCACUUCUGGAUUGUUUGAUGCCUGGUGUAGAGAAUCUUCCAGCUGAAACAAUAGAGAUUUUGAAGAGCUGCUGUUACAGGGAGACUGCUAGGCAGUCAUUAGAAAUCAUUCUGGGUAAAGUUCUCGAAGAGAAACUUAUUCCUGCACUGACGUUCUGUAGACUCUUGCAUAUGAUCAGUGAGUCCCAUCCAUCCCUUGAAUCAGUAACAAAGGCAAUGGAACAUACAGGACUAAUGAUAGAUACAGGGAGUGACGUGGAUGAGGAUCAAAAGGAACACCUGCAAAAUGAGGAAGAGACACAUGAAGAUGAUGCAGAGCACUUAGAGGAUGCAGAGCACCUAGAGGUCCUUGGCCAUGACAGAGAUAGUGGCAGCGAACAGCUUUCAGAUCAGAAGAAAGUGAAACCCAAAUCAGGAACUAAGCAAAUCUUUACCUGCAGUGCAUGUGGCAAGUCUUUUACAUUUAAAUGUCGCCUUGAGCUGCAUCUCACCCGCUGUCGCAGUAUCAGUCACCUAAAAGGCACUAACUGUGAGGAAGGUAACAAGACCCAGACUGCCCAGAAGGAUCUAGAAAAGCACAGAGUUGAAAUGAGCAGUGCACCAAAGGGAAAGAAGAGGCGAUUUCCUGUGACUUGUGACAUCUGUGGGAAAUCCUUUGCUCACCAAUCAGGAAUGCAGUAUCAUAAACGUUCUGAUCACUUCGAUGAGAAGCCUUUCUCUUGUAGUGAGUGUGGAGCAAAGUUCGCAGCAAAUUCUACUCUAAAGAAUCACAUGAGGCUGCACACGGGAGAGAAGCCAUUCUUCUGCAAACAAUGUGAUAUGACUUUUAUGCAGGCUGCUGCAUUGGCCUAUCACAUGAAGAAAAAGCACUCUGAAGGGAAAAUGUACGGAUGUCAGUACUGUGAUGCAGUGUUUGCCCAGUCGAUCGAGUUAACGCGCCAUGUGCGUACUCAUACCGGGGACAAGCCAUAUGUCUGCCGAGAGUGUGGCAAAGGAUUCAGCCAGGCUAAUGGCCUCUCCAUGCAUCUCCGAUCUUUUCACAAUGUUGAAGACCCAUAUGAUUGUCAGAAAUGCCGGAUGAGUUUUCCAACCCUAGAGGAGCAUAAGAAGCAUAUCCAGGAUGUGCAUCCACCUGAGUACAAUCCCUGUGACGUUUGUGGCAAGAAUUUCAGUGCUCCAUCACUUCUUGAAAGGCAUAUGGUCACGCAUAUUGGUGGAAAGCCAUAUAACUGUGACAUUUGUGACAAGGCCUAUCAGCAACUUUCUGGGUUGUGGUUCAUAAUUAAACCAGCUUAA